UAUAUGCAUGUCAACAGCAGAGAGAGGGAGGGGAUGCCUUACCCCCUCUGCCUCCAUCACACUAUUUAAAGGAGCUUCAGUGGUGCUGGCUGGCAGAAGACGAGCCUAGUGUAGCUCAGUGGAGGAGGAGGAGGCAGUAGUAGUAGUAGUAGUAGCUAUUGUAGAGAGUAGAGACAGGGUAGUACUGUAAUAGUAAUUAUAGUAGACACCAAAUAGGAACUCUGGAUCCGGAACAUCCUCUCCAGUGCAUUGGGAGGCAGCCCAUGGUGAUGGCGUCGUCCCAGCUGAGGAAGCGGGGCGGCGGCCCGGAGAAGAGGGGUGGCCCAGAACCAGUGCCAAGAAUGCAGCCUGCCAUGAUGAUGUUCUCCAGUAAGUACUGGUCCCGGCGGGGGCUCUCUCUGGACUCGGCCAUGUUCGACCAGCAGAAACAACACCAUACCGGGGGACAGAUGUCGCGCCGGCCCUCCUUCUGUCCAAUAGAUGAGAACCCAACCGACAAAGAGAUCAGGGAGAGCAGGGAGUCAGGGAAGACGGCUGUUGUUUUCUCUCUGAAGAACGAGGUUGGCUGCCUGGUCAAAGCCCUACGCCUUUUUCAGGAGAAGCAUGUGAACCUGGCUCAUAUUGAGUCGCGGAUGUCCAAGCGCAUCGCUACAGAGGUGGAGAUCUACGCCGACUGCAGCUGCAGCAAGAAGGAGUUUAAUGAGCUGCUGGAGCACCUCAAAGACCACGUCAAUAUCAUCUCCUUCAACACGCCCCAAAACCAGUGGUCUACAGAAGCAGAUGGGGAGGAAGUUCCUUGGUUCCCCCAGAAGAUUGCAGAGCUCGACCAGUGUUCUCACAGAGUGCUGAUGUACGGAUCAGAGCUUGAUGCAGAUCACCCAGGCUUCAAAGAUAACGUAUACCGCCAAAGGAGGAAGUACUUUGUGGAAAUGGCCAUGAAUUACAAAUAUGGCCAGCCUAUCCCCCACAUCAAGUACACCCCAGAGGAGGUGAGGACCUGGGGUGUGGUGUACAGGGAGCUCACCAAGCUCUACCCCACACACGCCUGUAGAGAGUACCUGAAGAACCUCCCCCUGCUCACUAAGCAUUGUGGGUAUCGGGAGGACAACAUCCCCCAACUGGAGGACGUGUCCCUGUUCUUGAAAGAGACGUCUGGGUUCACGGUGAGGCCUGUGGCAGGAUACCUGUCUCCUCGGGACUUCCUGGCCGGUCUGGCUUACCGGGUGUUUAACUGCACUCAAUAUGUCCGGCACAGCACUGACCCGCUCUACACACCCGAACCGGACACGUGUCAUGAGCUGCUCGGUCAUGUUCCGCUCCUGGCUGACCCCAAGUUCGCCCAGUUCUCCCAGGAGAUAGGCCUGGCAUCUCUAGGGGCAUCUGACGAGGACGUACAGAAACUAGCCACCUGUUAUUUUUUCACCAUUGAGUUCGGCUUGUGCAAACAAGACGGCCAGCUGAGGGCCUAUGGUGCAGGUUUGCUGUCAUCUAUUGGAGAGCUGAAGCAUGCCCUGUCUGACAAAGCCUCAGUGAAGAUGUUUGACCCUGGGACCACCUGCUACCAGGAGUGCCUCAUCACAACCUUCCAGGAGGUCUACUUUGUCUCUGACAGCUUUGAAGAAGCCAAAGAGAAGAUGAGGGAGUUUGCCAAAACGAUCAAGAGGCCGUUCUCAGUGUACUACAACCCCUACACCCAGAGCAUAGACCUGCUGAAGGACACCAGGAGCAUCGAGAAUGUGGUGCAGGACCUUCGCAGUGACCUCACCACCGUGUGUGAUGCCCUGGGCAAGAUGAACACAUACCUGGGAAUAUAGCAGUUGUGUAUCUUGGGCAUACUUAUCUUGGAAAUAUGUUACUUAUCUUGUUGAAUAUAACAUCUUUGUGGAAAUGAAACAGACAUGACCUGUACAGUGCACAGAUAUCUCUUAAAAUAAAAAUAGAUAAAAUAGUAAUUUACACUUAUAACAUAAAUAACAUGUUUGAAGUGACAUGAAAAAUAAAUCAGAUCUAUUUUCCACUCAGAGUUUAUUGUAUAGAGCAGGGGUAUUCAACUCUGACCCUACGAGGUCCGGAGGCUGCUGUUUUUCUGUUCUACCUGAUAAUUACACCCUUCUAAAUCAGUCCCUGAUUAGAGGGGAACAAAUAAAAAAAUGCAGUGGAACUGGCUUCACGUUCAGAGUAUCAUACAGAAAAUAAUAUAUGGAUAUGUUAUACUUGAAAUAUAUAGUAUUUGAAAUUGUUGGGGGAAAUUCAGAGAUAUUUUUUGACUUAUUCUGUACAGUGCAUCAAAUGUGAAGAAUACAACAGGAUAUUCAUAAGUAUUGCAUUGUUAUGCAGUCGAAAUGUGUCGCAAACAUGUCAAAUGUAACUCGGCUGCCAUUUGCUUUGAAAUAAAGAAAUGUCCCAAAUGUAACUCGGCUGCCAUUUGCUUUGAAAUAAAGAAAUGUCCCAAAUGUAACUCGGCUGCCAUUUGCUUUGAAAUAAAGAAAUGUCCCAAAUGUAACUCGGCUGCCAUUUGCUUUGAAAUAAAGAAAUGUCCCAAAUGUAACUCGGCUGCCAUUUGCUUUGAAAUAAAGAAAUGUCCCAAAUGUAAUUCAAAUACAAUACAAACAUUAGGAAAAGAGAAUCACUAUUCUAAUAUUUUUAAUGUCAGGCUUCUUUGGCAUUAAUGUUGUAAGUAUAUGUAUACAUGUUAUGCUAGGACUGGAAUGGUUUAUUCUCUCUGAUGAGGUAACUGAUGUAAUGUUCCAUUUGGAAUCUCUGUGCUUUAGCUUUCAUGUAUCGUUCUACUAUACUGUUUUCACUGCACAUUGCAAAUGUAUAGUCUUCAUUCACAGCUUUACAAAGAGGAAGACAAUUAUAUUCAAAAGAAUACAAAUGAAUGACUAUUAAAUGACAAAAUAAAUCUUUAAUUCCUUUAUGGUA